CUUCCUCGAGUCCCGUCGGAGCGGCGCGCUACUGACGACGAGUCAACAGUCAAGAUUGACUGCUAUACCAUUCGCGAUCAAGUCCAUUGCUCCCAACUCCCAAGGAAAGACCUUUGUCCCGUUGGUGCGGGUCAGAUACCCCGUACUUCAACUAACCUGCCGGCCGCUUUCCCCUACACUCAACAGAAGCAGUUCAUCGGAGGCCCGACGCUUCCCCCCUCAUUCAGUUGCGCCUAGGAUUCUUCACGCCUGCUGCGAUCUGAAUUCGGAUGAUCAAAUCGAGAAGUUCUUGGGUGAUCCUCUGUUCGAUUGGCUUCUCCUCUUGAGAGCAGAAAGAUUACUGCAAUACGCCAGUCUUCAAGUUCAUCAUCCUGUGUCUUUGCGUAAUCAAAUAGCACAGAUUUCAUUCACACGAAAAAAGAUGGGUCACACUGUUGCCGAGGAUGACAUAGAAGACAUACCAAGUUCAGAUGCAAAUUCACCAAUUCUGACUGAACAUCACAUCACAGUCCCAACCCUUCACGACGGACUAAUGCAAGGGGAACACCAACACGAGAGACGGCUUCUGGAUUUCCUGAAGGCAACGCCUUCAGUGCAAUGGCUGAAGGACAUCAACGUCUGCGCGCCACUGGGGAAAAUUCAGCUGCCAUCGAUCGGCGUCCACCGCUACCUCCAUGUCCACUUCAUCAGAACAGUCGACUGGAGCUCACUGCUCGCCAUCUGCAAGAACCACCUCAAGCAUCCUCUCAACAUCGCCCUGCUCAUCUGGCUGCUCUGCGUCGCCGCCGCCGGCGCCAUGCUAGGACUGCUCCUGUUGGGGCUGCUGAACAAGGCAUUCCCUUCCAGGGCCUUGAGACACCACUGGAUAGAGAUCGACAACCAGAUCCUCAACGCUCUCUUCACGCUCAUGAGCAUCUACCAGCACCCCAUCCUCGUCCACCACCUCGUUCUCCUCUGCCGGUGGCGGCCGGAGGACGCCGCCCAGCUAAGGAAGUUGUACUGCAAGAAUGGCGCCCGCCGUCCCAACGAGCGAGCGCACAUGUCCUUCGUGGUGGCCCUCCUCCACGUCACCUGCAUUUCGCAGUACAUGGAGUGCAGCCUCUACUGGGGCUACCCAAGCAGGUCACGCUCCGAGUUCGCGGAGAACUUCUUCUUCAUCCUCGGCGUCUCCGCGCCUGUCGUCGCCGGCGCCCACAUGGUGUACAGCCCUCUAGGCAGAGACGACGACGACGACGCUGCCGCCUCCUGCGAGGAAACCAAGCAGCUCCACCUCCACGCAGCAGCCGGAGCCGAAGAAUCGCCGGAGGAAAGGACGGCGGUCGGCAACCCGAUGUGGGCGGGGGAGCUGCUGGACUGCGGCGAGGACCCGGCGGCGUGCUACCUGUCGUUCCUGUGCACGUUCUGCGUGUUCGGCUGGAACAUGGAGCGGCUCGGGCUGGGCAACAUGUACGUGCACACCGCCAUGUUCCUGCUGCUGUGCGUCGCGCCCUUCUGGGUGUUCAACGUCACGGCGCUCAGCAUCCACGACUACGUCCUCAGCGACGCCUUCGGCGCCGCCGGGGUGGUGCUCUGCUUCCUCGGCCUCCUGUACGGCGGGUUCUGGAGGAUCCAGAUGAGGAAGCGGCUCGGGCUGCCCCGGAGCAGGUGGUGCUGCGGCUCGUCGUCGCUGACGGACUACGCGCAGUGGCUCCUCUGCUGGCCGUGCGCGCUCGCGCAGGAGGUGCGCACGGCGAACCUGUACGGCCUGAGGGACGACGGCGGUUUCUACGGGAAGCUGGUGGACGGCGGUGACCCGGAGCGAGGGCCGGACGUGCCGGUCUCCGUUGGGGUGCGCGAGGGGAUCGAUGCUGCCGUCCAUCUCGCGGUGGACGGAGAGAUGAUCCCGCCCGUCCAGCCGGUGGUAGAGUCUGGACGGCAGAGGCAAGCCGGCGACGAAGAAAUUGUUGCAAAUGGCAGUAGCGUCCAGCUCAAAAGUUGACCGCGAUGGUGACUGAUAUUGUAUAGUAUGCAAAAGCUUGCUGACGGAUAGAUUCUUCCUUCUCGGGAUCGAUGUCACCAUUUUGACAUUGUUAUGCCCCUGGUUUGUCAUGCUCCGCACAGGACUUUAGGUCGUCAGUCAUUAGUUAGUCCAGUUUUAUUCAGAACAGCUACCUUGACACUCCAACAGAUGUCAUCUUUCAUCGAUUCUUUUCGUGUUGCACGUUACUAGAAGAAGAAGAAGAAGAAGAAGAAGAAGAAGAAGAAGAAGAAGAAGAAGAAGAAGAAGAAGAAGAAGAAGAAGAAGAAGAAGAAAGUCUCUCGUGAUUAUUUUGAGAGGCUCCUACUAUGACGACGAUGAUGAAAUAUAAAAUCAUGUGUAAGCCUCUGGUUAAAGAAUAAUGUACUAGGUCAGCUAGUGUGUUCCAGUAACUUCAGAAAGAUUUAGCUGGAGCCGGUUCAAAAGUAGAUUCUUGCGCGUUACAUGGUAACCUUGGGCAACCUGUGGAGUCCCUCUCCGAGUGUGAAAGAAAUGCUCCAAUGCCCUGCCUAUGCGAUGACAGCUUUAAAGCGAACCGAUGCUAUGUGCUUUGUCAUUCACGGUGGAGAACAAAAGUUUGCCGUUGCUUGUGGAAAAGAGAAAGGUUCAGACGCAGUAUAUAAGCUCCAGGAUACAGAGAGACUGAAACCUCUACUUCAGACUUCAGAGCUGCCUGGGAAGUGGUGGCUGCACCUGCACAGUACCAGUCUCCUGUUCAGUUCUGCUCGCCGAGAAGCCAAGCCAU